UGAUUGAUGUCUUUGUGUACGUUAACAUCCACCAGUCACAUGUCAAGUGCUUCACCAUCGUGAAUACCUCAAUAAUUGGGUGAAUCCAUUGCUUAGAAAUGGCAGUGUGACUGAGAGAGGGAGAGCUAGGAGACGCUGCAGGCGGGUUGAGCCUGAUUGUGUAUCCACCUGGCUCCUUCCCUCCCCCGCUGCCCACUCACACCUACACCGCAACACAUACACACAGGCGCACACUAACACACACACACACUCUCUCACUCAUCAAAUCAGUAGAUAUCUCUAAGGAUAAACUUUUAAGGCGGCGAGGGCUUGAGGCUGUCUCCCCUGAUCCCCUGCUGGUCGCUACAAAAGGAAUUUAUUCACCUCCCACAUUACCCUCAGGAGGUCCCACUGAUGAGUGACGGUCUGUACACUUACACCAACACAACAGGGAUGCGUCUGUCACUCACCCUGAUACUCGUAGGUUAUUCAGGAAGUCGCUUUGCUGAGUGACGAUCUGGACACAUCAUGACACCAGGAAUUCGCUCACCACUCAACACGGUUUUAGGACAUUUUGUCCACUAUUAUGCUGGUAGGUUAGGUUAAAGGGAUUCUCUCCACGGUUUUUUUGUUCGAAGUCAAGUUGUCUGUGAGGGACUUUAUCUUGUGGGGGAAUUGUCUGGUGGUAGAUUAUGGGCGCAUCGGUGCACGGAUAAAACCUCUCCAGUAAUACAAUCAAACAUCAACAUCGCGGCAUGCCCAUGUAAAGGUCCUGGUGGUAAGUGAGGAGGGACAAACCCCGUCACUCACUACACCACACAAGUUCAUCCUCAGGGUCAUGUCUUAGCUAGGAGGAGAUACAUGCUGGGGAGGAGGGAGGGGAUAGUGUGUGAGGAGAGGCGAGAGAGAGGAAUGGAGGAUAAUUGGGGCCAAGGAAAUGAGGGGGAGACGUGAAGUUAUUAUAUCCUCUUGUGCUGGUUAUAAGACGGGUUCUGUUUUACUGCAGAACACACUAUUGGUACUUGAUGUGUCGCUGUUGUCAAGGGGUAUCACUCACACUGCCUCGGUAUAGAACAGAAACAGCUUGAAGUGAUCUCGGAUAAGACUAAAGCCACGCUGAGCCUAAUUGAGGAAAUAUGCAGUGGAGGGGAAGUUUAUCGUGCAAGAUUAACAACUUCCUGGCCUGAAAAUAUAGUGCGUCAUUCGUUUAUUUUGGGUUGACCUAGUGUGAAACAGAAGACUUUGGACAUUUAAGGUGAGGCGGCGGGAAGUUAUUAAAAACAGCCGAAAGGUCUUUGGUGUGAAAGAUUAUCCUGUGGCGUUAUGGUGAACUAUUAUUUUCAUGAUCUUGCUUUUUUUAUUAUUUAAUCUACUUUUUCUUUGUGUUGUAUUUCACGAUUAUCAAGUUUUUCUUUGUUGUUUUGAAAAUAAGUGCCUUAAUUUAUGAUGGCAAAACUAAACCGAACAAACCUAGUGUAAAAUACAGUAUUGUUGAGUAUUGUUUAUUACAAGGUGGGCACAGUCCUUUUGUAGCCACAUUACUGCCCUUUGUAUGUUUCCUUCCGUACUCAGUAUGAUGGUAUAUGCCGUGUUUGGACCGUGUAUAUGUUCUUUAAGGGCAGUUUCUUCGCUCUUAAAUGAUAAAUUUCAUAAAAUAAAAAAUCUGUCAAUUGUUUUUUAGGUUCUCAACAUUCCAUAAUGAACUAUCGCCUGUUGACAAGUGUGGCCAGGCCACAUCAAACCCUAGUUUAUUCUCUCGUCCAAUGAUUAUUUUUGCUUUAUAAUUUUCAUCACUUAUUAGUCGUUCGGGCAGUUGGCCACUUAGUCUUUACAGUGUAAGUAAAGGAGGAAACUGGAGUGCGGGAAACCUGUGAUGUUUCAUGUUUGGUAGGGUCACCUUGGGCACACUAGAUUACACCCUUCACACGCGUGUCCAGGCAAAGCGGGGAUCGAACCAUUAGAGGCUCAGCAUAUUGGUGAAAGAUACGCACGUGAUGUUACCGCUGUACCACCAACACCGCCUAUAGUUAUUAUAGAUGCAGUAUUCUCGAACUGUGAGAGAAUACUGUGCCGGUGUACAAUCUUGCAGCAGAAUAGAUCUUGAUGUAUCUUCUCGACCAAUUGUGUAUCGGACCACGUUUGUUGCCUGUGUGACCAACAUUUCCCCCAGAUUGAAACACCCUCCAAAAAGUUGAACAAAAGACUAUCGUCAGAGGAGAUUGGUUCCACGCACUUAUUAGCUGAUAUGUUGAAACUGUCCACAUUUCGCACCUAGUAGCCAAGUAAACUUCUAUGUACUGUAUUGGAAAUACUCUUAACAUUCAACGCCACAGUAUCCUGGGCUGAUAAACACCCUUUGACCUCUGCUCUGUAAUCGUUUUUAGGCUAUCGCUCACAGGAUGUAUAUGGGGUGUACAGUAAACUAGUUGCUGUCCUAUUGCGCAAUUAGUUGGGGGAGGGGGGGGAGUUAUGGCUGAAAUCUGAAAUCCAACUCGCCACAAAUUGAACACGGCGGACAAUUCGUACGUCUGGCAGCUCAGUGGGUCUUCCCACACAGAGGGAAGCUGGUAUAGUGGGCGAGAAACAGGUUCCCAGUCAAAGGGAGAGUUACAGUUUCUGCUCCUCAAACUGACUAACAAUUCGCACGUGUUCAUUAUCAGCUCGAUUUCUUCCUCAGCGCUGCCAUCAUAAGUUCGAAAAACAUAGUAGCUGGAUUUCGGGCAAUAUGGCUUAGCGUAGCCAAGAUGCCGCUCCAACGCCGCCCUUCACCAUUCCUGCUGCUGUUGCUGCUGCUGCUUCCUCCACCUAGCAGGACGCAGCAGCCGGUCAAGAGGUACCACCUGUCUCCCAGCGGCACCUACUAUUUCACCUCCAAUCCCAGCCUAGUCUACAAACCCGGGCGUGACGUGUGUGUGGUGGAGGAGGUUCCAGCUCUGAACCUCACCUUCCCGCUACCCUGGACCCAUGGUAGCUUCUGCACCCAUCCGACGAACCUCCGUCAGCAAUGUUGUGAGGGGUACACCGUGGCUGCACUCGAGCGUGGUUGUCCUGUUGUGAAACAUGUCAAGGACGUGUUGGCGACGGGUCGUGACCUGGGGGGCGGCGACCGCUUCUUGAGUAUGAUCCACCGUUAUCUCCUGCCUCGUCUCCUGACCUCCCGCACCUCAGCCUUCACCCUACUACUCCCCCUUGAUGAGGGUUUCAGGAGCUUGGAGGAGCGGACGUGGUCAGAGUUGGGCCGGGUAGUGGAGGUGGAGGGGUGGACCGGACCACCUCUUCUGCCGUACCACGUCCUUCCUCGCCGCUGGACCACCACACAGCUGCACCACGGACAGCGCCUGCCCACUCUCCUCGAAGACCAUCCCCUCACCGUCACCAAACUCAGUAAUAAGAUGGUGUUGUUGAACUGCGUGGCGGUGCAUCGUGUGGACGUGCAUGCGCGAGAUGGUGUGGUGCAUGUGAUCAGUAAGCCCCUCCCCCCGGCCUACACCAAGACCUUGGCAGACCUCGUCUCAGCUGACCCCAAACUUACCAUGUUCUUCACCAUUCUGGGCUAUGCUGACCUGGUGGCUUGGGUGCGACGGACGAGUCCUCUCACCAUCCUCGCCCCAACCAACGCCGCCUUCGAUCUCCUCCCCAGACGCUUUAUCGACUCCAUCACUUAUGAUAUGAAGUACUCCCCCGCCCUCCAAGCCCUAGCUCGGCAACAUCUUGUGGAUGGUGUGGAGUGCUCCCUGGGGCUGAGGACCAAGGUGAGGUUGAACACCCUAGAAGGCCGCUCUCUUCCUGUUAGCUGCAGCGCCUCCCUCACCCUUACCGUCGGGCGCGCCACCAUCACCACAGCAGACGUCAUCACUUCCAAUGGUGUCUUACAUUACAUCGAUCGUGUUCUAAUCCCGCCCAUGGCAUUGAGCCUGAUGCAGGUGGCUCGUAGGGCAGGAGCCACCAGGUUCGUUCAACUAGUGCGGAAGGUCGGCCUCUUCAAAGACCUUGUCUCCUUCGGUCCCUACACAGUCUUUGCUCCCUCCAACCAGGCUCUCAGAGCCCUGAACAGGUCGGUGCUGAGGGACAGGGCGACCCUGAAGAAGGUAGUACUCUACCACAUAACAAAGGGUGCCCAGGCCUCUUACAACCUGAAGGACAACCAGGUCCUCCCUUCCCGCCUCCCAGGAGCCUCUCUCAGGGUCAAGAUUCACCCCAAGAUUAUGAGUGUUGAGGCCGGGGUGGUGGUGAGCGGCGACCACUUUGCCUUCAACGGCUAUGUUCACAUCCUGGACUCACUCUUGACCCCGCCCACCCUCUCCCUGGCCCGUGCCCUCGCUCUCACGCCCUCGCUUUCCAGGUUCACCGCCCUUGUCACCCAGGCGGGGAUAUGGCUGUGGCGGGAGUUGAGCCAGGGAGCCGGACCCUACACCCUCUUAGUGGUGCCUGACGAGGACAUAGAAACCUGGGCCACUGACACCUUCACCUACUACAGGAUUAUUAAUGACCCUCGUCUCCUUAACCAGAGCCUCAACACGCACCUGCUGGAGGACUUGGUGAUGCCGCGGGCGCUGCAGGAGGGGUCCACGUCCCUACUGCGUUCCCGCCACUCCUCGCGCGCCGCCCUUCACCUCACGGUUUCUCAGGGGCGACUCUCCCUCCGUCACGCCUCUGUCAGCGACGACUUCAUCCUCUGUACCAAUGGCAUCAUUCUCUUCAUCGACACCCUGCUUUUCCCUUGACCCGCUACCGCCUCGCACUCCCAGGACAUUCCCUACUUUACCUAGGACUGUCUGUGUCCAGGGACGUCUUUACGUCUUCAACGACGCCCCUAUCUCUCCAAGGACGUCCUCACCUCCCCAGGGAAGUCCCCACUUCCUCAGGGUCGUCCUUACAUCCCUAGGGGUGCCCUCACCCCCCUGGGACGUCCUCACCUCUCCAGAGUGUUGUUUGCUCCCAGCAAGACCUCAACCUACUUCAGAAUAGUUGAAUUCACUCACACACACACACACACACACACACACUUGUACAUACAUUUAUAAAAAAACAUACUUACAAUUACACAUAUAGACAACUGUAUUUUAGAAUUUGCAGUGAGAGAGAGAGAGAGAGAGAGAGGCCAGAAACAGUUUAGUUUCCGGUGUUUGUCCAUGAAUGCAGACCGAGCUACUUGAGUGUGUGAGAUAUCAGGAUGGAGUGUGUGAGAGAUCAGGUGG